AUGGCUACGGGCGACCCCGGCGGCCCCGGCGGCCCAGGCGAAGGCGCCGCUGCUCGGACCUCCGAUGCGGUUUCGGCAGAGCUUUCGGCAGCGGCGCGGGACUUCUUCGGUGGCACAGUCGGGGGGAUGAUGGCCAUCCUGGCGGGCCAUCCGCUGGACACAGCCAAAACCCGAAUCCAAGCCAUGGCCCGCUUCGACCAGUACAGCACCGCACGAGUGUUGACAGAGACGGCGCGGCUGGAAGGCUUCCGGGCUCUCUACCGGGGCAUGUCUGUGCCUUUUUACAGCACGGCGCUGCUGAACGCCGUGGUCUUCUGUGCCCAGGGUGUCUCGGAGCGCCUGCUGCAGGAUGCCCUGGGCAGGGACCGGCCCCAGCUCACGGGCUUUCUGGCUGGCUGCCUGGCUGGGCUGGCCCAGAGUCCCCUCGUGUGCCUAGUGGAUUUGGUGAAGACGCAGCGGCAGGUGCAGUUCACGCCUUCCACCUCCGGGCCACAGAACUGGAGCCCUGGCCCCUGGCGCAUCCUGCGGGAGCGCGUCAAGAUGCUGGGCCUACGCCAUGGCUGCCUGCAAGGCCUGGGCGCCACGGCAGUGAAGGAGUGCCCAUCGUAUGGCGUAUACUUCUUAGUCUACGAGGAGUCCCGGCGCCAUAUGGACCUUAACCAUGUCCCCGUGGUGCUGUCCACGCUCGUGUCGGGUGGCUUCGCGGGCUGCUUCGCACUGGGCAUGAUCCAUCCUGUGGAUGUUGUGAAGUCCCGCAUCCAGAGCCUUCCGCUCGAGGCCACAGCCUCAGAGCGGUCUGUGCGCCAGACCGUUGCACAAGGCCUCGCACGCGAGGGCCCUGCCUUUUUCCUGCGCGGCUUCGGCGCAGCAAUGCAACGUGCCUUUGUCUUCAAUGCCGCUACCUUCGGCGGUGUGGAGUUUGCUGUGGCUCUGUGGGAUCGCAGCCUUGGCUGA